ACGAAGCUCGAGCGAUUCUUCACCAGGACGAAUCGUACCGCGUUAAUUCGUUAAGAUCGAAAAUUUUCGUCUCGCGCAACCAAUAUAACAACCAGUUGUUAAGAUAACAGAAAUUGUUAAGAUAAUGACGAUUUACGUGAUUACAAGGGAUACAAACUGAAGCAAUUUGUCGCGAAAUGCAUUAAGUCGUAUCGAUAUCCGAGUGACCUGAAAUUAAGAGUAUUCAAUAAAGAGGAAACUACUUGUUGGAUUCAUCGUUGAAGGCUGAAGCUUUGGAAUCAGAAGAAAUAGGGCAGCCGUUUCAUUCUCGUCUCACAUGGCUGCAACCACGAGUAUUGACGUGCUAAAGGAAGCGGGACCAAGAGGUGAGAUUGUGACGCAAGUCUCAUCUUCCCAGGACAAGCAUCACGAUGAACAAACGGCAAAAUGCGAACGGACACAAUGGAGACAAUGGCUAGCAUGUAUAUCAGCGACUCUAUCCAUGGUAGCAGUCGGCACCGUCUACGGAUGGACUACCACGUCGCUCUCACGACUCACAUCCGGCGCCAGCGAUGUUCCAAUAAAGAUAACCGACGAUCAGGGCUCAUGGAUCGUAUCGUUGACGGUGAUCGGCUCUAUGAUCGGUCCGUUCCUCGGUGCCAGUCUUGCCGAUCGAUACGGCCGUAAGAAGUGCCUUUUGUUCGCAAGCGGUUUCUUCAUCGUCGGCUGGACAAUCGUUUUCUUCGCCCAGACUGUAGUUGCUCUUUACGUUUCUAGGAUGAUUCUUGGCAUUGGCGUGGGCAUCUCAUACACUACCAAUCCGAUGUAUGUAUCGGAGGUCGCUGACGUCGAAAUUAGAGGUGCUCUCGGUACUCUGAUUGCCGUAAACGUAUUCACUGGUUCCUUACUGACAUGUAGUAUUGGUCCGUGGGUAUCGUACCACGUUCUGACAGGUAUACUUCUCAUGGUACCUAUCUUAUUUGUGAUAUGCUUCUCCUGGUUCCCCGAGACUCCUGCCUUCCUUGUGACCAGAGGUCGUAGAGCAGAAGCAACUAGGUCUCUAGCGUUCUUUAAAGGAAUUCGCGAUCGCGACGAAGCAAGGAGAGAAUUAGAAUACACUUUACGUAACGUUUUUAUCGAAGAUGUUUGCGAUAAUACUCCAGUGACUGGUCCUGGAGCUCGAACGGAACCCGUUAAGCGCAGCUGGAUGGGAAAACUGAAGCUGAUGCUGUUGCCCAGUAACGCUCGAGCUCUCGGCAUUAUACUCAGUCUAAUUGCUACGCAGCAACUCAGUGGAAACUUUAGCACUAUACAGUAUCUUGAAGUGCUUUUCAAGAAAGCAGCGAUCGGCAUCGAUUCCAACGUGGCUACGAUACUUGUGCUCGCGGUCGGCCUCAUCUCAUGCGGAUUAUCAACUGCGACCGUUGAAGGCGCGGGCAGACGUCCAUUACUAAUCGCCUCCACCCUGGGUUCUUCCGUUACCCUAGCAAUUCUUGCAAUAUACCUUAUGCUAGACGAAAGAGGCAUUGAUGUAUCAGCAGUAAAUCUUCUUCCAGUGAUCGAUGUGAUCAUCUUUCAAGUGGCCUACCAGAUUGGACUGGGUACUCUACCAAACGCGUUGAUCGGAGAAUUAUUUCCUACUGAGGUGAAAGCGUUCGCCGGUGCCAUUAUCAUCGUUUUCGACGGCGUGCUUGGUUUUAUCGUAUCCAAACUGUAUCAGGUGAUUGGCGAUUGGUUGGGCGCCGACACCGUUUAUUAUUUCUUCGCGGGAUCGUGUUUACUGGCGUUCGUGAUGGUGAUAUUCACCGUGCCCGAGACCAAAGGUCGGACGUUCCGCGAAAUUCAAGAACUUUUGGGAGGUAGGGAGAAGAAAAAAGAGGUCACCGAAUGUUUGCAGGAUCGAAAUAGUAUGGUAUGACAAAAAGGAACAUUUCGCACAUCUUUACUGAACAUGGUGCGAAUUUACUAACGAGAUAAUGUCAUCGGAUAUUCUUUCCAAAGCAAUGAACAUUAAAACGGCAAUUACUUACUCGCAACUGUAUAUAAAAUGUACAUUUGCACGUUUUUCAUGCAACAAAAAACAGGACGCAAAGGUGAAAUGGCUUUUCGCUGUUUACCGCGAUUUUUCUCGUAUCUGC